AUGUACGCACCAAAAAGAAACGGCGCGCGAGCAGACCAAAAGCUCGUACAGGAUGUACAGCUUGCAAGUAAGGCCUGCUACCAUUUUUACACUAGGCCAAUAGGGGACAUCCAGGGCGCUAAUCCCUAUGCUAGGAGCCGGCGCGUCAAAUGCGAUGAGACAAAACCAAAAUGUGAUCGAUGUGAAGAAUACGGAUCAUUCUGCGAGUAUCAACUGCCGCGACCACAAGAUGCGGCAAUCAAGGUUAAAGAUCGUGACAGGGACCUCAUUCCUAUCCAACCUCGGCACCCGUCACAGCUCAUAUCUAGCCCUUCAGAUCCUCUUUGCUGCGACGAGGUAGAAGCCCGGUAUUUUCGAAUCUUCCACGAGAAGCUGGCCUUCGAUUUGAGUGGCUAUUUUGAAGCUCCCUUUUGGACACGGCUGAUACCGCAGCAAUGCCAUCACAAUCCGGGGAUAAAGCACGCAAUUCUAGCUCUCAGCGCUCUCUACAAAUCGGCACUAUCAUCCCGGUCUCAUACGGUGAACUUGAACGAUGAGCAUUAUAGUUUUGCUUUGGUGCAGCAGAGGCAAGCCAUUAGAUCGCUGCGCAACGAUCUGUCUAGUGGACAACCUCAGAUGAGGCUUGCGCUUGUAGCGAGCCUACUCUUUUCAUGCUUUGAGAGCUUUCAUGGGGACUGGGAGUCUGCGACGCAGCAGGUAUAUAACGGGUUCAAUAUCUUGAAGCGUCUCAGCGAAGAUGAGAGACGACAAGCGACCAAUAGCCUUACUGAUAUUGAUCUCGACGUGGGACUAACUUUGCGACGCCUCGAGCUGCAAAUAUUGUCAUUUUUCGCCAUGACCCCAACGUCGGAGCAUCCCAAUGACCCGAGUCAUGAAGAAAUUGUAUUGGAUCUGCCAGAUCAGUUUACUACCUUCAACGAAGCUUUCGCAGCAGUAACAAAACUCGCUGUUUCCAUUCUUCGACAUGCCAAGAUAUCCGCCAUAGGCGAAACUGACCCAGGUCAUCGGGAAUUUCUUGCACGGCAAAAGCAGCAACUCCAGGGAUUAAUGUAUCAAUGGGGCAAGGCAUACGAGUCUAUGUUUCUCGAAGCUUACCAGAGCACCAUUGGCAGAGAAUAUCUUGGAGUCCUCCAAGUCCGAAUAUGUGCCUGGAAAUGCGAAAUAUUGAUUGCUACAAGCAUGUCAGACACAGAAGCCAUCUAUGAUGAUUUCACGGCUCAAUUUCAGAGGAUGACACAUUUUGCGCGAUAUGUACUCCAGAAGGAUCAAAAACUUCGAGACUCGGAUGGUCCGAGAUUGCAGUAUGGCAUGGGUCUGAUAAUGGCGCUUUUCUUUACAGCUACGAGAUGCCGGAACUACUUCGUGCGCAGAGAGGCUAUCGCUAUACUCCGGGAGUGGCCUUGCACCAAUGGGAUCUGGCACAGUUUGCAAGCGGCAAAGGUUGCCGAGUGGAUAAUUAACAUCGAGGAGGAGCGCUGUAGUGGAUUGGAGUUCGUUCCGGUAGAGUGUCGGGUUAAGCUGCAGAGUUUGACAGUGGUCUUGAAGAAGGAUGUCAUUGCUGUUGAAUGUAUGCAGUGGUCUGCUGAUGGUACCUUAGAACCCCGAAAAGCAAAACUCACUUGGCCUUGA